UUCUCUCCUCUCCUCUUCCUCCUCCACCUCCCCCGCCAGGGUCGGGGUGAACCGUCCACAUGCCUCGCUCCUUCCUGGUGAAGAGCAAGCGGGCGCACAGCUACCACCGGCCCCGCGGAGCCGAGGAUGGAUUCAGCCGGCUGGACGCCAUUCUGGCGCACAUCUGCUCAGAGUCGGACCCCCCCGAGGAGGACGCAGACACGUCCGGGGACGGGUACGGCCUCUCCCCGGACCACUUCUCCCCCGGGUCUCCCCUCCUCUCCCCGGAGGAUUUCUCCCCCAGCUCCCCUCUCCGCUGCACGGACAGCUUGUGCCGCCGCUCCCCGGACUACGAGGACUUCUGGAGACCCCCGUCCCCGUCUGCAUCCGUCGACUCCGAGAAGUCCCUGUCUCCCCUGGUGGAGGAGACUCAGCCCUUCACGGUCCCGUUCCGGCCGUACGCCUGGAGCAGCUACCCGGGGCCCCCGGUGGGGCCCGCGGCGGGGCCCGCGCAGGGGCCCGCGCUGGGGCCCCCCGUGCAGCAGGGCCUCUACCCGGCCUCGGACAUGGACAGGGUCCCCGCGGCCAUGGCGCUGUACAGGGACAAGAUCGCGCACCCGGGCCUGUUCGCGGACAGAGGAGAGUCGUACGGAGAGCUGAGGAGACGCACCGCGGCUCUGCUGUUUCCUGAGGGGGGUCUGGGUGGAAACCCCCACCAAGGGAAGGCCCAGUCCCAGCUGCUCUGCUCCAGCCUCAUCCUCAGCGGGGCCUACAAGUGCGUCAAGUGCAGCAAGGUGUUCUCCACCCCGCACGGCCUGGAGGUGCACGUCCGCAGGUCCCACAGCGGCACCAGGCCGUUUGCGUGUGAAAUGUGCGGCAAGACCUUCGGCCACGCGGUCAGCCUGGAGCAGCACAAGGCCGUGCACUCGCAGGAGAGAAGCUUCGACUGCAAGAUCUGCGGGAAAAGCUUCAAGCGCUCGUCCACGCUGUCCACGCACCUGCUCAUCCACUCGGACACGCGGCCGUACCCGUGCCAGUUCUGCGGGAAGAGGUUCCACCAGAAGUCCGACAUGAAGAAGCACACGUUCAUCCACACGGGGGAGAAGCCGCACAAGUGCCAGGUGUGCGGGAAGGCCUUCAGCCAGAGCUCCAACCUCAUCACGCACAGCCGCAAGCACACCGGCUACAAGCCCUUCGGCUGCGACCUCUGCGGCCGCGGCUUCCAGAGGAAGGUGGACCUGCGGAGACACAAGGAGACGCAGCACGGCCUCAAGUGACGCGGGCUGGACCUGGACCGGGACCGGGCCAAACCGGACUGCGGAUGGUCCGACGGGACCGGGACCUAACGACUCUGUUCUGGACAUGAGACGAGGACCAAUCCGUCCCAGGAGACAUUCAUGAGGACGGGAUUCACCUCCUGCCACCUAUAAACAGCCCGUCUUUGUAUUGUACCUGUAUAUAUACAUAUGUAUACAUGUACAUAUACACCUUUGAUCCAUGUUUAGUUUGUAAAAGUACUUUGAAAGUAUUUUCAACCACAGCAGGUGUUUUGCUGAAUACAAAACGUUUCACAGAUCAGAUUGAAACGACGGCUUUGCAGUGAAAGGGGCAACUCCAAAAAUGUUUCAUAGUGGUGGCCAGAUGGGGCCACUUAAAUUCUUGGGGUGGAACCAAAACUAAAAGCCAUCAUUACAGGAUUCUAUUAUACUAUUGUAGUAUACAAGCUCAGAAAUACUUAAAGAAACACCUACUGAUAUGCAUUUGGCCCAAAUGAUUGGAUGAAACGCAUAACUGACGAUAGAAUCUAUGUGACCAGCAAGUGUUGUUUUUUUUUUUUUAACAAGGCAAGUGGGGUGGCCAGCAAAUUUGUAGGGGGGCCGUGGCCACCCCUGGCCCCCCCCUGGUGCGCCACUGUAUAUACAUAAAUAUGUAUACAUGUCACCUCCUGCCCAUCCAGUGGCACCACCAGGGGGUGGCCAGUGGUGGCCACGGCACCCCUACAAAUUUUGCUGGCCACCCCACUUGCCUCAAUUAAAAAAACAAAAACAAAAAAAAACACUCGCCGGUCACAUAUUCUAUGCGUUUCAUCCCAAAUCAUUUGGGCCAAAGGAAUAUCAGUAGGCGUUUCUUACAACAGUAUAAUAGUUUAGUUUAGUUUGGUUUAUUUGCACAUAAAAAAAUAUACAACCGCCAAAAGUUCAGAGGAACAGUAUGUAGAAAAAAAAGGAAACAAAAAGAAAUACAAUGUAACAGAAAAAAUGUGCGGGAGGAACCAAAAAAAACGAUAAGGGCUUGUCGAGUGGUCCUCCUAUAAUGAAACAAACUAUAUCUACAGAGAUAUGUAAAACAUAGGACAAUUUAGGAGAAUAAGCUAAAUUACUAAAAAAAACAAAAACAGGAAUCUGAUGAGGAUGUGCAGAGAAGUUCUGGAAAUGAAUGGUUUAGCCUUGCUAAGCUGGGCUAGCAAAAAAGUUGUGAUUUGUUUUUUGAAAUUAUUUGUGCUCGAGCAUUCUCUAAUAUUGUGUGGUAAGGUGUUUCAAUAAAGAGGACCUCUGAACCUAACUGAAAAUUGGGAAAAAGUAGUCCUGAAAAAGGUGGGAUGGAGAUUAUAUAUAAUAGAAUAACAUCCUGUAAUGAUGUCUUUUAGUUUUGGUGUCCACCCCAAGAAUUGAAGUGGCCCCAUCUGGCCCCCUAUGAAAAAUAAGGCGGCCCUGUGCCCACCUAUAAACAGCCCGUCUUUGUAUUCUACGUGUAUACUGUAUAUACAUAUGUAUACAUGUACAUAUACACUUUUUACCCAUAUUUACUUUGUAAAAGUACUUGAAAGUAUUUUCAACCACAGCAGGUGUUUUUCUGAAUACAAACGUUUCACAGAUCAGAUCUUUCCCCCCACAAACCCCCGUCUGCGCGCUGAUUUAUAGUCUCAGAAAGCCAGAGAUAAGCUGUGAAAAACGAAGCAGAUAUUUUAGGAUGAGUUGCAGGUGAAAUAAGUGGUGAUAAAGCAGGAGAUACAAAUCUGCUCUGUCCCCAGAACGGUGUUUGUGUGGAGCUGCAGCAUGCAGGCACAACACGCUGCUCUGUGUGAUUUAACGCUCCAGCCGCCGACAUGCCUUCGACAAUUUGCACAUUUCUUGUCUGAAUAACUGUUUUUCCCCUUGUUUUGUAAACGAACAAUAUUCGUUUGGAAAACUGGGUUUGUCGUGGAUUUACUGGAGUCAAAUAUUUGAAUAAAA